AUGGUCUCCACUCGACAUCAUCCCAAGGAGUUUCCUUCCCCCACACAAGCUGCAAAGGAGCUGGCGAAAUCCUCACCUGCCCCGACCACUAACGGCACUUCGCGCAAAUGGGUUCAUACUCCCUCGGUCGCACUUACCGUCUGGCUUGUUGUCUCUGUGCCGUUGGUCAUUUGGGACGCCGCAUAUGUUUUAUUGCGACCGCAUAGUAUGCCUGGUGGUCGCUUGCACUCUCCAGUCUGGACUCCCUACGCGCUUUAUGGCACAAUCGACUAUAUUUAUGGGUGGCCUGCAUACAAUGCGCAUAAUGGUUUCACGGCCGCGCAGACUGUUCUAAAUGUUGUUGAGACGUUGGGUUACAUUUACUACCUGUUGGUCGUCUUUCGCUAUGGUGCGACAGUCACCAGUGGUCGUGGCGUGCAAAAGCAGCAAAAGGGACUCGUGUGGUUGUUGACAGGUGACAAGGUUGUGGCUGGCCGCACUGGCGCAAUUGCGCUAAUGGUUGCAUACACUGCGUCUGUAAUGACUCUCAGCAAGACCAUCUUAUACUGGUUGAAUGAAUUCUUCUCUGACUUUGAGAAUAUCGGCCAUAACGAUGCCUUGACUUUAAUUGUUCUGUGGAUUAUUCCCAAUGGCCUGUGGAUUGUCUUUCCUUCGUAUAGCAUCUAUUCCCUUGGUGGUGAAAUUCUGGCCUCCCUAGAACAAGCUUCUCCUCGUGGUCGCGUGGGACGUCCAAAGGCCUCAUAG